AUGCACUCGAACGAAUUAUACGGACCCUAUGACGAAAUCGAAGGAGAGGAUGUCAAAUCGAUUAAUGGUGAAGCCACGAAGUCCAACUACUACCUAACGGAUCAAAAUGAAGAUACAUUUUCUAACAAAUCAAACGUAAGCGCGGAUAAUAACAUAUCUGUGCCUACAUCGUUUUCAGAAGACGCGCCUCCUGGUGAAGAAGUAAAAAAGAAUGAUGAAACCAAUUCAUUGAUUAAACCUGAACAAUUUUCACACAUGUUCAAAGGACCCGAAUUGGAUAUAAUGUACAAACAGGACAAAGGAGAAAAUAAGUACUACGAAAAUAAUGUCAUACAGAAUGAAGAAUUGGAAGCGUCGAGGAAGAAAAAAUCACUUCCUCAUUCUUAUGAUCAUAAAUCAAAUUACGUAAAAGGGACAAAAAAUAUUAUCACCAGUAAGGGCAAUUUUUGGUUUAUAAACAACGGGGGUAAUAUUAAUGAGCAAGGUGCAAAAGGGAAGAACAAGACAAUGCAACAUGAGCGAAAUGAGGAAACAGGUAAAUUUUUGUCUUUUACGGACUCAGCAUGGGACAAUACGGAAACAGAAAUGAAGAGAUUUGAAAAAAAAAGUCAAAUACCUACAAAAUAUGCCAAAGAUUGGCCAAAUGAGAAGGAUGAACCUAGUGGGCAAGAUAAUACAAACGAGCAAGGUAAUCCAAACGAGCAAGAUAAUCCAAACGGACAUGAUCAACAAAAUGUGCGUGGGAAGCCAAAAGGGCACAAUGAAUUAAAUAAGCAGGGGCAUAAAAAUAAGCAAGACGACGAAAAUAUGCAGGAUGAAAAAAAAUUUCAAAACGAACAACCUGAUAGUGCGAUAAAAAAGAAAGAAAAUGCAACAAAUGAUCAUGUGGCAGAAAAAAAAAAUUGCACACAGAAGAGUAAGCUGCAUGGUCAAGAUUUAAAAAAAAAAAAAAAAAAUGAACAAAUCUCCAAUUUAUUAAGUAGUAAACUUUUUGGUAGCAGAGAUUUAAGUAUAAAAAGUACACAGAAUGGAGGAGAAAAAAAUGUCAUAGCAAAUUUCACGUCAGCAAAAAUAAAUAACGAGUUAAGUGUGUUGGGUUUAAGAAAAGAAAAAAAUCGAGAAAUUAUAAAAAAUUUUGAAAAAUUUUCAUUGAAUUCAAAUAGUCAAAAGCAUAUAUUUAACACUUUAAAAAAUAAGAAGAAAUAUUUUGAUCGCAAAGUUGAGAAAUGUAUGGAUAAUUCACAAGAAAACUCUUCUGUGGAGCAAAUAAUGGUACAGAAAUUUUUCAUACAGCAAAGUGACACAGACAUUAUAGUUCAAAAAAAGAUAAACAGCAUAGAAAAUAUUUUGGAAGAAACCGAAAGGAAAAACAUGAAUAAUUCAUUAAAAAAAAUUAAUAGCCUUAAAAAGGACAACGAGAGAACAAAUGGAAAUGCAACCAUAAGUCAAAACACAUCAGGAGCUAGAAAUGAAGAGGGAAACGACAAUAUGGUGCAAAUCAGGACUUCCUCCAUCAGUUCAUCCAGUUUUUCGAAUGAUCAAUCGAAGGAAAACGAAAAUAUAGAGGAUAUAAACAAUGAUACUCACUUGAGGAAACAUAGGAACAACCAAACCAAUGGUGCAUUUACUAAUAAUCUGGAAAAAAAUGACUACGAGAACCCGCUUGACACUUCUUGUACACCAUUUGAAUAUAAAACCAAAAUGAAAAUAAAUAAAAAAACAAAUAAAAUUGAAGAAAAUGGCACGGUCCAAGCGAAUGAAAAUUUUAAAAAUAAUAAUGUAGAAAGCAAAAGUGAAUCAAAAGGGACUUCUUCUGAAUCGUCAUAUGAAUUAGCAGAUAUAAAAAUAUACGACGAUUCGGAAAUAGAAGAAGCGAAAGAGAGCGAAUUAGAACCCUUUUGGCUUAAUAGAGAAAUAUCAUCGCUUCUAAAUAAGUCAACAAAUUACUGUAGUAAAUAUUCAGACGAGUUUAACAUAAAUGAGACAGUAUGGAAUGUUGGAAACAACAAUAAUAGGAUUCAUCAUUCAACAAGUGUCGGAUAUAUUGAAGAUGAAAAAAUUAAAAAGAAAAUAAUUUCACCCAAGAUGAAAAAAUAUGAAAGUGAUAUUAUUACUUCUGUUAAAAGGAAGACAAGUUUUUUUGAUAAAAAAAACACGGUAGAUAAUAUAGCGAUGAAUGGAAGACCCUUUAUUAUGGAAGAGGAUAACGAAGAACACUUGCAUAGUAAGGCUAAGCAGUGCACCAUUGAAGAUAUUUCAAAUUGUAAAUACAGCACGAUUAGUAAGGAUUUUGUAGAUGACAAUGAAAAGAAAGAAAACCUGGAUAUCUUCAGCAAAUUAGAUGCUAUAAAAAACAAGAUAUCCCUUAUUAAUGACAUCGAUAUUGAUAACAUUAAUUUCGAAAAGUUUGACAUGUACCAAAUUGAUUUUAAAAAAUUAGGCUUAAAGGUAGACAACCUAGAAAAAGAAGAAAAAUAUAUUUUAAUGCUUUACAUAUCACAAAAAAAGUUGGAAUGUAUAACGCAUGAAAGAGGUAUAUGCAAAAGUGCUUAUGAUUAUGAAAAAGGACGUCAAUCUAAUCCAAUACAAAUGAAAGAAGUGAAAGAUAACAAGUUGAUGUAUGACUCUUUCCAUCUAGAAGAUGCUAAUUGUGAAGAAACAUGGGGUGAAAGAAGUAAAUAUAUGUACCCAUUAACGCAUAAGAAGAAUUUUUACACCAAUUGUAUUACAACUAAAGAGUCGCUUGAAGAAGACAAAGAAGAAAGAAAAAAUUUUUUAAAAUCAUCCCCAAGUGCAGAAAUAAAUACAAGUCAUAAUUUUAGUAUACCUAAGAAUAUAUCAUUGGGUUUAGGCACACAAAAAUUAGUCAGUGAUAAUUAUGUACACGCAAAUACAGAAACAGCGAUAGAAUAUAUUAAUGGAAUUAAUAGUUAUCUCAGUAGUAAGAGCAAUAGUAGUAGUGGAUUCCACCAGCUAGGUCUCUUCUUCGAAUUGUAUUAUAAUCUAUCCAAACAGAAUAGCAUUAUGUCGAACGGAGAAAAUAGUAAUGAUUCUAAUGCCAAUAAUGAAAAAAUUCUUUUAAAAAAAAUUCUGAAAAAUUUUAUAUAUUUAUUUCUUCAAGAUGAAUGUAUCGAUGAACUUGUAAAAAAUUAUGAAGAUAUGAAAAAGGCAAUAGGGAAAGAAGAUGUAACAUUGAAAAAUUCUAUAUGUUUACAAUACAUUUGCAGUAGUCUUUUACAAGAUAUUUCCAAAUAUAAGAAAGAUAAACAGGAUGAAAAAAUGGACAUGAAUUCAUCUUUAGUAUUUUCCGAAAUAGUAAAAGAAAUAGGAAAUAAAUUUUUAAAAAACGAUCAAGUAAUGGAAAAAAUAAAAGGAAUACAAAUUAUUAAUAGAAUACUAAGAGAAGAAGUUAGAACAUAUUCUAUCAAAGUUGCAUGUGUAGAUAAAUAUUUGGACAUAGAACCACAUUUCAUCGAAGAAACAGAAAAAGUGAUAGUUGGUAAUGAUAUCGGAUUUUUCCAUAUGCACAUAUUAAAUAGUAAUUAUGUAUAUAAUUAUCAUAAGCAUGAGGAGACAAAAUUAACUGAACAAAAUAAUAAUCCAGUUUGGAAUUUUUUUUAUGGUUACUUUAAUGAUAUAUAUAAUUGGUAUAAUGACAAAAAUAACAAUGACAUUUUGACACCUCUUCAAGUAGAAAAUGGAAACAUAAAUAAAGACAUCUCUUCUUCAAAAAGAGUUUCCAGAAAUUUCAUUAAACAGAAAAAAAAUGAACCAAAAAAAUAUAAUGAAGAUAUUCAUAAGAAGGAAGAAACGUAUGAAAACUCAGAUAAACAUCUACUCCAUCAGGAUAAAAUUGAUUCGACUAUGAAUAAUUCCGACACUACCACUACCAUUGUUUUCGAAGAGAAUGAUAUUAACGAAAGUAAGGAUCAACAAGAAAUUUCCCGAUCACUAGAUGAAAAAGAAAAUGCAAAUAAGAAUGAUCCAAAAGAUCAUGUGAAACGCAAUAAUGUACCAAAUGAAAACAAGACAGAUACAAAAAUGGAAUCAUGUAGCAUUAGUCAAAAAAGUAAGAAAUACAUAACCAACAUAAAACAUGAACAAGGAACAAUAUUUAGUAAUUCUACUAACAUUGAAGAAUGCUUGAUAGAAAGUAACAUAUCAAGUAUAGAUAAUUUUAUUUCUGAAAACUAUAACAAGAUUGGAGAUAGUGAGAAUGUUGGGACUUUAGUUCCUCAGGAGUUAGAUCAUUACACAGUUGAGAAUGAGAUUACAAGUGAUAAAAAAAAUUGUAUAGGAAAUUCGAGGGAAGAUCCAAUAUAUGGAGGAAUGACAAGCGAAUCGGUGCCCUACUUAGACACAAAUAUGCUAUAUAACAACAGCAAGAAUAGUAUAAGUAGCAAUAACUCUCUGCACUGCAAGAAAGAACCAAUUUUAAAUGAACAAAAUAAGAAAAUUAUAAACGAUACCGUAGAAGCUUACUUAGUCACGUUUCAGUAUAAAGGUUCCAUACCAAAGGAUCAAACAAACGAAAUAAGUAAAAUAUGCAGAGAUAAGAACAAGAAUAUAAUAGGAUGUUAUCUAUCCUCACAGAACGAUAAAAGUUUAAUUGCUGUUCAUAUGAAAAAUGACAAAAUUGAAAAUACGACAAAUGCACAUUUUAUUGUUGAACGGUGUAAUAAGUAUAACAAGGAAAUUAGUAAUUCCUAUGUGCAUAUUUUAAAUUCAAGCACAAAACAAUAUUUAGCUAUAAAUCUACAAAAUGGAGAAUUAUUGUUUACAAUCAAAUAUGACGACAGUUUCUUUAUAGAUGAGAGAAAUGUAGAAAACAGGAUAUCCACUUAUUUCCAGUUGCACUCAACAUCAGAUAUGAUGAAAAGUAUAUUCAUUCAGGAUGUGGUGCAGAGUUUUGCCGAUGUUAUUCUGAACUGA